AUGCGUACUCCUAAGCAUCUGUUCUCACCAUUCCUUUGCUGCUUCGGCAUUCACUCUCACGAUGAUGACCAGGCAGCGGCCGACCUCAAGUCCCUUCCAAAUCCUGCUUCGGCCCUAUCGGUCUCCUUGCCUGCACACACAGUACCACAUUCGCAAGGCCAUUCCGGCUCGCACGUUGCCGAUGCCGAUGCUUUACGGCAGAUAUUCAGAUCAUCUUCUUCAGUACGAGGCUACCAGACUGCUUCUCGACCACAUGAGAUGUCACACCAACGGCAAUCCUCCUUCGAUACCGAUUUCGGAUUCGGACACAGGGCUUUGUCGGAACGGAAACAGCCAGGACGAAUCGGACAGUUGGGCAGCCAUAUCAAGCAGAAGCUAUCAGAGUCACGACUAAGCAAGAGCAGCUCUAAGGCUCAUAUGGGAUCUGAAGAUGCACCUCAGGAGUUAGCUGUUCCAGAGCUUGCACCCUUGAGCGUUGCACAUCUGGAAGUCGCUUUAAGUCAACGGUCUACUGGUCUUCUGGAGCUUCUCAUGUCAAGAUCGGGUAGCGAAGGGGGAUAUGACAGUGACGCAAGAAGUAUUCAAACGGCAGCGCUUAAGGCUAGCGAUGGGACAACCAAACUCAGUCCUCAAGCGGCGAAGGCAUUGCUUCGGUCGCCUACAGGACAUUCUUCUGUUAAGCAUGAACGUGAUCAGACCUCGCCCACGAGACUCAGUUUGAGUCUAUCUGCGGAUCAGACCGUGCCCUCUACACCACCUCGCACGACAAUAUUGAAAGUCCCCCCGAUUGAGAAAGUUGAGUCGCCUACAAUCAUUCCCAAGCGAAUCAACGAUGCCGUGGCCGAAGGAACUGACACCCUGCCUGGAAGGACAGCCCUCCCUGCCACUACCUCGCCGGUAUCGGGUGACGCUAUGACACAGCAUUUCAAUGGAGGUUCGCCUUCGAAAGCCAGUACUCGAAUACAUCACGAAAGUUCGGACGUUGUGGAGACGUUGAAAACACUGAGCGACACUGUUGCCAUCGCCAAGAGAGACAGCCUUCUCUCCAAUGUAGACAAUCCUCGAACCAGCCUGGUCUCCAACCUGGACCCGGCCUUGCUUGGCUUCAUCUCCAAGUAUGGUGAUCGAAGCUCUAUGGAUGCAGAUGAGCCCUCAUCUCCCCCGAAGCUCGCGGGCCGCCCGCUCACUUCCCAGCCCAUGCCCGUCGACGGUCCCAGCUCUCGCAAGAACUCGGUUCCCGAUAGGGACGAUGCUUCUGACAGAGACAUGAGGUCACUUACCGAAUCCGAGGGCAACUCUAUCCAUCUCUAUAAUAUGCGGAUAUCGCAGAGAUUGGCAAGCCCUCACUUAGCUGCUGCUAGCUCACGGCCAAACACCAGCCACACCACUGCCAAUCAGUCCCGUAAAAAUUCGACGGACGCAAGGACUACUACUAGCCAAGCCUCCUUGGCUGGACGUCCCCCUGGCACAAUAACAGCCGAACACAACAGACGCCCUUCGGAUCCUCAAACAAGACGACUCUUUGAGGAUGAGAGCACUGCCGACGGGCCACGGCAAAGAUGGAGGCCUGUGACCUCGGGCUCCUAUAUGACGCUGUCUGGAGAGCCAAGGUCUCCUCUGAGUCAAGGUGAUGCUUCCUCUUUCUACGAGAGUGACGCAGGAGUAGGUGGUCAUGAAGACGCCCAACGUCACAGCUCUAAGAGGAACCCAAACAGUAUUGCAAUCGGAGGCAGGUCAGGGUCAAUCAGCUUGCCUUUGGCAUCUUCGAAUGGCAGCAUGAGCCAACUGUCCGUCGCAGAAGAAAGUGCCUGGUUCAGCAGAAAGUCAUCCCAACAGCAACGAGACUCAGAGGGAAAAGGCCAGCCGAGUCUGGCUGUCAACCGAAAUCGAAGCGUCAGCAUGCCAGACAAGACUGAAGCAGGAAGAAUCAACGCUGCGAUUGGAUUGAGUAUGCGACCACAGAAGUCGACCAAAGCCAAUGCGCCUUUGAGCGAAACCAGCAUUGAGAAGCUGAAGGACGCUAGAAGGGAACAAUUGACGGAGAUCAGUGCUCAAGCAGUGCGUGACACAUUCAACGAGAGGAUGAGUGAGAUUGAUCCGCAGCGCGCGGUCCUGCCGAUAAGGCCGGAACAUGAUACCGCGCGCGAUCAUUCACCGUUCUUAUCGAGGCAGCGACAACUGUCAACAGCUUCUCAGAUACCCCCUGAGGAGCUGCGCCCCGAAUCAGCAGAGGGCAGACCUGAGCUACACCAGUCAACCACUGAUAUAUGGAGGAGGACUUUCAAACGAGUUAUGGAUGAGCCUAACGAAGAUUCUCUUGGUGGUUUUCUCACAGCUCCGAAAUUCGAUCGUGAUGGGAGAAGACGAAGCACAAGAUCCAGUUUCAGCGCAGUUGAGUCACGCGAGGACAAUGCACCACAGGGCGCGGCGGUACAUCUGAAACAGCGAUCUCCUGCGUCAGAGGACACACCAUGGGGAGACAAACAGGAGAAGUCGGCGACAAUUGUUUCUAAGCGAAGUAUUGCUAUCAUGGAAACGAAGCCAGAUCAAUUGAUGACUAUUGGAGAGCGAAAGCGAAAGAAAAGUUUGCUCGACUUUGGCUGGCGCUCUACUAUGUCCAAUCGGGCCGAUGAAGAGGAGCAUGGCUCGGGGACGAGUACACCACUGAAGGAGUUGUUGGGUAUAUGGGGUCGGUUUCCAAGUCAUACCAGAAAUGAAAGAUGUGGCGCCGCUGGCGCGCGAAACGGGGUGGUGGUCAGAGACUUUGCACAAGAAGGACAGGACAAGAAUUUUCGUGCAGAUUCCGCACCUAUGACUCCGUGGCCGAGGUCAUCAACGACUGGGGAAUCCCAUACUCCUGGGUCACUGAGAAUGCUCAGGUCUUUUGGACGAAAAGAGCGGAUCGACAAGAAAAGGACCAAAAGCAUGCCGCUUCCGCGUAACAACGAGCAGUCUCUGGCACUUCGUGCGAAGAAGAGUCGCAAAGGCCUUGUGGGGCGAUGGAAGAAACUCUACAGGAGCAGCAGUUCUGAUCUCAGGGCAUACAUCCACACCUAUGGUCACCGUACCAGCAUCAGCGUUGGUGCAAGCGUAGCACACCCGGAACUCGAAGUCAUUCCGGGGUUUGAAACUCACUAUGAUGGCCGUCCCGAGCUGGAUGGUGCGCCACAUUCACAAAGGAGACAUCAACGCGAAGCAGCUGCGCAGUCCGGUAGUGUUGAGCUGCCACCUAUGGAUGAGGGACCUUGGACGCAAAUGUAUCGGGACUGCGUUGGCAGUCUGUCAGCACUCAGAAGCGAUGCGGACAUACGAAGUAUGAGCGAAUGGACCGACCACCUCUUCGAGGGAGGGCAUGGUAUCUGUAAAAUGAAGAGUACAGAUUUAAGAAGCAGUACCGCAGACUUUGCGGUUGAGCUUUGCAAAGAGUUAGAAGCUGCGAAAGGGGGGCUGAUCAAAAAGAUUGAGAGUAGUGGGCCGGUGGACGGAUUGGAUGUGCCAGAAGCACAUCUUAAACAGGAUUGA